AAUUGCGCUUUUACGGCUUUGCCCUUUUCCGGAAGGGUUUCUCUCAAAAGCGCGAGCCACGACGGCGGCGGCUUCAUCGCGGAAGUCCUUCACAGCAAAUCGCGGUACACGCUACGUACUGAAUCUUCCUGUGCUCUCCAGCGACGUGUCUCUUCCGCUGGAUCCAUAGUUCAAACGAGCAGACGUUUUUGCUGCUCGAAGCUGCCGACGACGACUUGCGAGCACGGUUGAAAAAUUACCUAAAAAACAUUCUUCAUAGUGCUUCGCCGCUGAUUUUUUUUCCGUAUAUUACAAGGAAGUUGUUUUUUUAACAUGGGUGAAGAGAAGAGCUUGACCAAACAUCUGAAAAAGAAAGCAAAAAAGAACAAAAAUCAUAGAAAAGACCACCUUGACCAUUCUAAGAAGAGUUCAUCAAGUCACGGAAGCAGAAAAAGGAACAAGGAUCCAAAACAAAGAAGAGGCUCUAGCAAUGCACCUAAAGGUAGCAAUACCGAAGAAGUGUCAUUUAAUGUUAAAUCGAGAACCCCUAUACUCAGGAAACCAAUUGAUCCAGAAACCACAAAGUACUUUGCUGAAGUUGCAAAUUUGUUCCACAGUAAUGAGGUUGACCUAGAGGAUCUGCCUACUAUUUGCAAUAAUGCCCUGGAAGAAACUAGAGGGAAAGAAGUUGAGCUAGCAACAGACAUGACUAUAAGUCACACAAUUCAAAAUCUUCUUGAAGGCUGUGAUAUGGACAGAUUAUGUGGAUUUCUUCGUAAUAGUGCUAAAGGAUUUGUGUCAAUCGUGACUGAUAAAUUUGGAUCACAUGUAGCUGAGACAGCUCUCAGGUCGCUGGUGAAGCAUAUGGAUGAAGAAGGUUCUUAUGCUUAUGCUGAUGAGAUACUCUCUAAGCUAUGCCAGGUGGUGAUUCUUGAUGUUGUAAGUGUGAUGUGCAGUCGUUAUGGGUCUCAUGUUCUUCGGAGUCUUCUAUGUCUUAGCAAGGGUGUGCCGCUAAACUCUUUUGAAGAAUUUCAUGUUGCAAAGCUACAAGAUAGUUUGGCCAAGCGGUUAAAUAAUAGGCCCAUUCAAUCUGGUGGAAGCAAUAGCCAGAACUCUCAAUAUGCAUUUCCUUCUCUUUUCAAAUUUCUUGUUAGUGAAAUGGUAAACCAUGCAAAGGAUGAGAUCAAGACCCUGAGAGUCAAUGAGCAUAGCAGUUUUGUGUUGCAGACUGUAUUGAAGUUGUCAGUUGGGGAUGAUCAAGCUCUGUCUCAUGCGAUAUCAACUGUGCUUGGCUGUGAUAUAAAAGAUAUUGCAGAGGGAAGGAUUGUGAGUAAUUCACAGAAGGAAGAAAUCAUGGAUUUGCUUGAAGAUACUGCUUCUAGUCAUCUGUUGGAAGUCAUAAUUGAAGUGGCACCAGAAACUCUGUACAAUGUGCUUCUCACUGAAGUAUUCAAGGAUUCAUUAUUUGUCAUGUCAUCACAUAAGUAUGGUAACUUUGUUGUGCAAACGCUAGUGUCUUCAGCAAGAACCAAGGAUCAGAUGGAGUUAAUCUGGAAGGAACUUGGUUCAAAAUUUAAUGAACUACUCAAGCUUGGAAAACCAGGAGUAGUUGCUUUAAUGCUAGCUGCAUCUGAGCGACUUCAAACCCAUUUGCAGGAGUGUUGUCAAGCUCUUCGUGCAGCAGUAAUUUUAGAUUCAGAAUCUCCAAGCUGCAUUGUUCCACGGUUGCUGUUUCUUGAGAACUAUUUCAAAGAUAAAUCCAGUUGGAAAUGGCCUGCUGAUAACAAAAUGCAUGUAUUGGGUUGCAUAAUGUUACAAAUCAUUUUUAGGCAUCCAAAGCAACCAAUCCAGCCUUAUGUCACAAGUUUGGCAUCAAUGGAGCCUGCCCAUAUCUUUCAAACUGCAAAAGAUUCUGGAGGAGGCCAUGUUAUUGAGGCGUUUCUCAGUUCAGAUGUUUCCUUGAGACUGAAGCACAAAGUUGUCACCAAACUGCGAGAUCAUUAUGGGGAACUAGCAAUGAGUUCUUCUGGCUCAUUUACAGUUGAGAAGUGCUUCAGCUCUGGUAACAUGACCUUGAAAGAAACUAUUGCAGAAGAAAUUCUGGCUGUACAACCUGAACUUUCUAAGACAAAGCAUGGACCAUAUUUGUUGAAGAAGCUUGAUAUUGAUGGAUUUGCCAGCAGGCCCGAGCAGUGGAAGAAGAAACAAGAAUCAAAAGAAAAUGCCUACAAAGAGUUCCAUGCCCUAUUUGGCUCCAAGAGCGAGCCUGAUGAGCAAAAUAACAAAGCACCUGCAUUUGCAAAAUCCCCCAAGAAGCAACUCAAAAGGCACGAGAAGGUAGGCAGGGAUGUUGGCAACGUUACGACCAACUCAGUAUCCGAAUUUCCUGGCCUCAAUAAAUCAAAGACUGAGCUGGGUUACCCUAGCAAAGAAACGAGUCGUAAGCGCAGUUUAGAGGAGGCAUUUAUGAGAAAUGAAACUGGUAAGCGAAAAUCGGUUGCAACAGAUCUUGCUGACCUUGCUGCGAAAUCAAGUUUGAGCGCAGAAGAAAUUCAGCAGCUGUUCAAGCCAUCAAUGACAAACGAUAACAAGCGGUACGACAAUGCGAAGUUGCCUCUUCUGAAGAAGCAAAAGUGGUGAGGAUGCAACUCCUAAGAAAUUUUUGUUGUGAUUACAAACAACCAUUUAGAACAGGGUUUACUUGUUGCAGCGGCUUGAAGUAGAUAGGCCCAAAAAUUUGAUAUGACAUGUUGUAAAGGCGUGAUAAUGAUUAAAACGGCAACUUUCUCCUACUGGAGUUCACUUUGGUGUUUAUCUCUAUGGUCCUGCUUAUUUAAGAGGAUGGAAAUAAAAAUUGUAGAAAGAUUUUUACAGUGGAAAACUUUUCCUUAUUUACUUA